AAAAAUUUAAUAAUCUAUAGAAUUCAUUUGAAUUGCAGUAAUAAAAAUAAAAAUUAAAGUUUGUAAGUGAUAAAAAUUGUGGAAAAACUUUAUAAGUGUUUUCAAAUAUUUUAGGUUAAUUUUUUUUUCUAAAAUGGGUAAAAAAAAUGCAGAAGCGUGACGGAUGUAUUUAGAAGCGGGAAAAAUCUUCGAAGCUGAUGGACAUGGAAGCUCAUGAUUUAGCAGAGGAGAGAUUAAACACUCAACAAAAACAAGCUGUUGUCAACAGUGAAAUUGCCCAAGAUCAAACAAGAACUAGUAAAAAUUGCGAAACACACGAUAACCCCCCUAUAGUCAAAAUAGAGAUAAAAACCGAGCCAGAAGAUCAACUUUUAGGGUAUGAAUCAAUUUCAAUUGUUAAGGAAGAGGAGGAGAAGGAGGAGGAUAGACACUUUGAUUUUGUAGACAUCAAUGUUAAAGUAGAACCUGAUCCGCUUUAUAUUGAUGAGAAAGAAACCAAUUUCACAGACCCAGUGAACCCAGAGACACCUCUCCGAACUGGCAGUCUUUUGUUGCAAAAAAACAGCCCAAAAAAGUCAACUCCAAAAAAUGGAAAGAUCACCGAAAAAACGAAAGCUUCAAGGAGUGAUAAAGGGAAAACGAGAAUUACUUCUUACAUGCUUUGGGCCAGAGAUGUUCGACAAGAUUUACUGAAAAAAAAUCCCGAUAUGGAUUUCACAACUAUUUCUAAAAAGCUUGCUGAACUCUGGGCAACGGUCUCACAGAUGCAAAAAUAUAACUUGAAAAGACGAGCUAAACGCUUGGCUGCUAAAUCUAAAUGAUAGAUUACAAUAACAUCCAAUAUAGAAAGCUUCACCAACAGAUUCUUGUGAAAAGUUCAUCAGUAAAAUUGGUGAGACGUUUCAAAGUCACCAAUUUUUAUUUUUUU